AGACUUCAGUGCUUCCGGGGCGUUGCUUCCUCCUCUUUCUUGUCAGCCAUUACGGUGAGCAGGAGGUCUGUCUGACAUCAGCCAAGUUUCAACAUGCAGAACGACGCUGGUGAAUUCGUGGACUUGUACGUCCCCCGCAAAUGCUCUGCUAGCAACAGAAUCAUUGGAGCAAAGGACCAUGCCUGCAUCCAGAUUAAUGUUGCCGAGGUUGAUAAGGCCACAGGCAGAGUCACAGGCACGAACAAGACCUAUGCCAUCUGUGGUACCAUUCGUAGAAUGGGUGAAUCUGAUGACUCCAUCCUGAGGUUGGCGAAAAAUGAUGGUAUUGUUUCAAAGAACUUCUAAAUGAAGAAUCUUUUGGAUUUGGGAGUCUUGUAAGAAAACAAUAAAAUGUAAAAAAAAAAAAAAUCAAAAA